AAAUGAGCAUUUUUGACCCAUUAAAUAACAGUAAGAUCUUCUUUUGGGCAACAUAUUGACGGCAAGGGCAUUUGAACCAAACUAUAAGUAGAGGGCUUUUAUAUUUAUUUCGCAAUAUUUAAAGGCAUUUUAAAAUCAAAACUAAAAAAAAAAUAUUUUUCAGUUAAAUUAUAAAUAUAAACAUUUUUAUUUCUUUUACAUGAUUUAAAUACAUUUUUGUCUCUUUUGAGGAAUAUUGUUGUUCAACUAAUUGCCCCACCCUCAUACUUGGUCCCUGUCGUAACAAAGCAUAAACUUCUCUUUUUCUCCGUCUUAAAUUUUUAUAUAUACUGCAAUUUAUACUAUAUAUUUGUCUGAUACUGCUUUGGGAGCGCAGAAAUGGCAGAAAAUGAGCCGUUAUUAGGGAGCAACAACGGCGGGGAAGUGGUGCUAGCUGAGCGUGAAAGUGAAGCAACCCAAACGAAAACUACUCGUAUUGUUUCUCUCGAUGUCUUUCGAGGCCUCUGCGUUUUUCUUAUGAUACUUGUGGAUUACGCUGGUUCUGUUUUUCCCAGCAUUGCUCACUCCCCAUGGAAUGGUGUCCGCUUGGCAGACUUUGUAAUGCCUUUCUUCCUCUUUGUUGUUGGGGUUUCUGUGGCAAUUGUAAAUAAGAUAGUUUUAGACAGAACUGGGGCAACCAUGAAAGUUGUGAUUAGGACCUUGAAACUUUUUAUCCUUGGCAUUUUCCUUCAAGGGGGUUACUUGCAUGGAAUAACUGGUUUAACCUAUGGUGUAGAUAUAGAAAGGAUACGAUGGAUGGGAAUUUUGCAGAGAAUAGCUGUUGGAUAUAUUGUAGCAGCUUUGUGCGAGGUAUGGCUUCCAUGUCAAGAAAUGAAAAGAUUUGCCCUUUUCAGAAAUUAUAUUUGCCAAUGGUUUAUCAUGUUCCUAUUGUCCGCUAUACAUUGUGGGUUGUUAUAUGGCCUGUAUGUCCCUGACUGGCAAUUCAGUGUGUCGCAGUCAACUGGAAGCACCAUUUAUGAGGUAAAAUGUUCUGUUAGAGGAGAUCUUGGACCUGCAUGUAAUUCUGCUGGGAUGAUUGAUCGCUAUAUUCUUGGUUUAGAUCACCUCUACACAAAACCUGUAUAUAGAAAUAUGAAGGAAUGCAAUGGAUCCAACAGAGACACAGUUUCUGAGAGUAUGCCUUCGUGGUGUCAUGCCACUUUUGAUCCUGAAGGCAUUGUAAGUUCACUAACAGCUGCUGCUACAUCCAUCAUCGGUCUCCAGUAUGGUCACAUACUUGUUCAAUUUCAGGAUCAUAAAGGACGGCUAUACAAUUGGUCAAUCCUCUCGCUUUCACUUCUUGUGGUUGGCUUGUUCCUUGAUUUCAUAGGCAUGCCAUUAAACAAAUCAUUGUACACGAUAAGUUAUAUGCUGGUAACCUCAGCUGCUGGUGGAAUCACAUUCUGUUUGUUAUAUCUAUUGGUGGACAUUUAUGGUUGGAGGCGCUUGAUGUUCGUUUUAGAGUGGAUGGGAAAGCAUUCUCUUAGUAUUUUUAUUCUCAUAACAUCAAAUAUAGCUGUGAUUUUUAUUCAAGGAUUUUAUUGGAGAGAUCCUGAAAAUAACAUUAUUCGUUGGAUUGUGACACGAUUUGUACAGAAAUGAUAUCCCAGGUCCAUUAGCUCCUCACGGCUCACACAAGUAAGUGCAAGAUGCAGAACUUGUUUCAGUAUUAAAAAAUGCAGUGAUCUCAUCUACUUGUACUAGUGAGGCAUUUAUGAAUGCUAACAGGCAUGGUUGUUGAGGUGGUUCAACCUGUGCAUAAAAAGGAUGAUGAAUGAAAAUAACCUAUCAUACUCUCCUGCUCUGUAGAGAUGAAGCAGUGCCACAGCGAGGAGUCUAUAAAUGUACACAGUGACAGAUAUUUUUCUCAUGUAAGUAUCUAUGAUAAUAAGUACCUCAAAUGUUAAAUCUAUAAGUGACUCUUAAAUAGCAUCUGCAGACAUGCAGCUACUUUAAGGUGCGUCUUGAUUCUACUUUCAGUUUUAAUGCUUGCUAUUUUGAAUGUUUGAAAGUUCAAAACA